CGCUGAUAAUGAAAAUCUGACCCGCGGCAUUUCGACGGUGCGCCACUUCCUGCAAAUGUUUCGAAAGUUGAUUUUCGAGCCCAAUAAGCUUUUUCAGAAUGUUAAGUGCGUUCGCACUUUGAAAGUUCAUGAAUAUUCGGCAAUGGAGUUGUUAAAAAAGUACGAAAUACCUGUUCCAAAGUUUGUAGUUGUUCGGAAUGUGGAUGAGGUCAGAGCUAUUUGUAAAGAAUUCGGCAUUUUACCUGAAAGGGAAUUAGAAAAUUCAGGUGAGACUACAGAGAGCACAGAUAUGGUGUUGAAAGCACAAGUGUUAGCUGGUGGCCGUGGUAAAGGUAUUUGGGAUAGCGGAUUAAAAGGUGGAGUUAAAAUUGUAUACAAUGUAGAAGAAGCCGUAAAUGUAGCUAAUCACAUGCUUGGUCAUCGAAUCUACACUGCACAAACCGGUGACACCGGCCAAUUGUGCAAUACAUUAUUAGCAUGUGAACGUAAAUAUUCUCGACGUGAACAUUAUCUAGCUAUUGUCCUAGAUCGUUCUAGUGGUGGACCAGUAAUGAUUGGUUGUCAACAGGGUGGUGUAAAUAUUGAAGAUAUAGCACGUGAUAACCCAGAUGCUUUAAUUAAAAUUCCAGUUGAUAUUAACAAAGGUUUAAAUAAAAAAGAUGCUUUAUUUAUGGCGCAUAAAUUAGGUUUUACACAUCCAGAUGAAGCAGCUGUAUACAUUGAACGACUUUAUAAACUCUUUGAUUCAUCCGAUUGUACACUGUUAGAAAUUAAUCCAAUUUCUCAAGAUAUAAAUGGAAAAGUUGUUUGUAUGGAUUGUAAGAUGAAUUUCGAUGAUAAUGCUGCAUUUCGACAGAAAGAAAUUUUUGCACAACGUGAUUGGUCACAAGAAGAUGAACGUGAUGUAAAAGCAUCAAAGGCUGGAUUAAAUUAUAUUGGUUUAGAUGGAAAUAUUGGUUGUUUAGUUAACGGAGCUGGUUUAGCUAUGGCUACUAUGGAUUUAAUUCAAUUGCAUGGUGGUAAUCCAGCGAAUUUUCUUGAUAUUGGCGGUGGAGCGACAGCUGCUCAAGUGACUGAAGCUUUUCGUUUAAUCGUAUCUGAUUCGAAGGUCAAUGCUAUACUAGUAAAUAUUUUCGGUGGUAUUAUGCGUUGUGAUGUGAUUGCACAAGGUAUUGUAACAGCUGCUACAGAAUUAAACAUAAAAGUACCAAUUGUUGUACGACUUCAAGGGACUAGAGUUGAAGACGCUAAAGCAAUUCUUGCUACAAGUCAUAUGAAAAUUCUAGGUUGUAGUGAUUUAGAUGAAGCUGCUCAAAUGUCUGUUAAACUCGCUAAUAUUGUUCAUUUGGCUCGUGAAGCUGCUAUAAAUGUGAAAUUUGAACUGCCUUAUUAAUUAAUAAUGUGAUUAUAGUAAUAUUAUUACAAUAAGCAAAGAUGAAUAGUUCGAAGGAAUGGGGACAUCACGUUAUAUUGAAUGGUGAUGAAUCCAGUAGUUCGGUUUAUACUAUUAUUAUUAUCGUUAUUACUAUUAUUAUUAUUAUUAUUAUUAUUAUUAUUAUUAUUAUUAUUAUUAUUAUUAUUAUUAUUAUUAUUA